AUCGCCGGGGACUUUCCCAGGGGUAGGGCGGCCCUGCCCCUGACACUUCCUCGUCCCCGGCGCGGUCCCCCGCCCCGUACCGGGAGCCCGCGGAGCGCUGGAGGGCCAGACCCUGGCCGCGGCCGAUAACCCGUCCUUGGACCCGGGGCUGGACGCAGAGAGGGGGACGGUGUGCUCCAGGGCCCCUAACCUCAGCCAGGUGGGCGCCACGGCAGGGGUUGAGCCACCCUCAUGGAAGGGAGAGGACCAUACCGGAUCUACGACCCUGGGGGCAGCGUACCUCUGGGAGAGGCUUCUGCAGCUUUUGAGCGCCUAGUGGAGGAGAAUUCCCGACUGAAGGAAAAAAUGCAAGGGAUAAAGAUGUUAGGGGAGCUUUUGGAAGAGUCCCAGAUGGAGGCAUCCAGAUUGCGGCAGAAGGCAGAGGAGCUGGUCAAGGACAGCGAGCUGCUCCCGCCACCAUCUCCCUCUUUGGCCUCCUUCGACCACCUGGCUGAGCUCAUAGGAAAGGAUGCAGGUGGCCCAGCACCGCCUGCUGACCCUGCACACCCCAGCAACAAACCAGAGCCGGUCCAAAAACCUCCAUCCAGCGGCACCUCCUCUGAAUUUGAAGUGGUCCCUGCUGAGGAGCAGACUUCUUCGCCAGCAAGCGGCGGCCAACCCAGAAACACCGUGGCGUUGGGCCCCCUGCCCCACGAGGACAGCAACCUGAUGCUGCAUCUGCAGCGCCUGGAGACCACGCUGAGCGUGUGCGCCGAGGAGCCGGACCGCACCCAGCUCUUCACGCACCUGGGCCGCAUGGCCCUCGAGUUCAACCGGUUGGCCUCCAAAGUGCACAAGAAUGAGCAGCGCACCUCCAUCCUGCAGACCCUGUGUGAGCAGCUUCGGAAGGAGAAUGAGGCCCUGAAGGCCAAGCUGGACAAGGGCCUGGAACAGCGGGAUCAGGCUGCUGAGAGGCUGCGGGAGGAAAACAUGGAGCUCAAGAAGUUGUUGAUGAGCUGUGGCAAAGAGGAUGCCUGUGGGCAGCCAGGCUCACCAAAGAUAGAAGGCGCAGGCAAGAAGGGAGUGGCCGGACAGCAGCAGGCUUGUGUGGCAGCAGGGAAGAGCCCAGAGGUAGGGGCCUUGGGUGCGGCUGAGAAGAAGGUGAAGAUGCUGGAACAACAACGCACUGAGCUGCUCGAAGUGAACAAGCAGUGGGACCAGCAUUUCCGGUCUAUGAAGCAACAGUACGAGCAGAAGAUCACUGAGCUUCGCCAGAAGCUGGCUGACCUACAGAAGCAGGUGACUGACCUGGAGGCUGAGCGGGAGCAGAAGCAGCGUGACUUUGACCGGAAGCUCCUCCUGGCCAAGUCCAAGAUCGAAAUGGAGGAGGCCGACAAGGAGCAGCUGACGGCAGAGGCCAAGGAGCUGCGCCAGAAGGUCAAGUACCUGCAGGACCAGCUGAGCCCGCUCACCCGGCAGCGGGAUUACCAGGAAAAGGAGAUCCAGAGGCUCAACAAGGCCCUGGAGGAAGCACUGAGCAUCCAGGCCUCCCCCUCCUCUCCACCAGCAGCAUUUGGGGGCCCAGAAGGAGCUGGUGGCCUCCUAAGGAAACAGGAGCUGAUCACGCAGAACGAAUUGCUGAAACAGCAGGUGAAGAUCUUUGAGGAGGACUUCCAGAGGGAGCGCAGUGAUCGAGAACGAAUGAAUGAGGAGAAGGAAGAGCUGAAGAAGCAGGUGGAGAAACUGCAGGCCCAGGUCACCCUGUCCAAUGCCCAGCUAAAAGCGUUCAAAGAUGAGGAGAAGACAAAAGAAGCCCUCAAACAGCAGAAGAGGAAAGCAAAGGCCUCGGCGGAGCGCUACCACCUGGAGCCCCACCCAGAGCAUCUGUGCGGGGCCUACCCCUAUGCCUACACGCCCAUGCCAGCCAUGGUACCACACCACGGCUUUGAGGACUGGUCCCAGAUCCGCUACCCUCCGCCCCCCAUGGCCAUGGAGCACCCACCCCCACUCCCAAACUCACGCCUCUUCCAUCUGCCAGAAUACACCUGGCGGCCGCCCUGUGGAGGCAUGCGCAAUCAGAGCUCCCAAGUGAUGGACUCGCCCACAGCCAGGCCUGUGGAACCAGAGUCUACGAAAAAUGACCGUGAGGGGCCUCAGUGAGACCAGAUUAUGUCACUUGGCUCCACCUUCGUUUUACAGAGCCACCUGAUCUCAGACUGCUGAAAAACUAGAGGCCAUGUUCUCUGUGUGGCCAGAGCCUUGGCUGGAUGGGAGGCUGAUGGGCCACUGGCUUGUGCCCCAGCCCGAAGUAAACUGUUUCCAGACUGGAGAGGCUCCACCCGGAAGGCUUCCAUUUGGCCUCUCCUUCGGGGUGACCAGGAGAAACUCACUACCUUGCAACCAGGUGGCGAGAGGCCUCAUCCGACUUUGACCUGCCAUGCUUUGUGGAAUCACUGGGGAACCUCAGUCUCAAGAGAGGGGUGCAGUGGAGACCUCUUCCUUUUGAAACUUCCCUGGAAGUGGUUCCAGCCCCUCUGUGGAACAUGUCCCAUUCAUGUGUGUAAUUUUUGCUUCAAGCUCUGUAGUAGCUGGACCCGCCCCGUGCCCAAGCCUUCCCCUCUGAGGAGCUGCGGGAAGAGCGGGUUUGCUCCCAGAAGCAGGAGAGAAUGACAGGCGUCCUGUUGCAGGGCCACUUUCACCCACGGCAGCCUUGCCAGCGCCAUGGCAGCCUGGGAUGAAGGCCCCGCCAGCCACAUGUGCUGAGCGGCCCACCGUGAAGCUGGAGGCUUGGGGUGCCAGAGGCCCAGAUCAGGGUGGCUGGCUGUCCCUGGGCAGCUGUUUGCACGAGUCUUGGACAUAAAUCCAAGUUGAAGAUCA